GGUUUUUGUUGUUUUGUUCAUCAUCAUCAUCUUUAGUAACAAUGGCUACGGACACGCUUGCCAUCAACACGAUUCGCACACUCGCUCCUGAUGUCGUCCAAAAGGCAAACUCUGGUCAUCCAGGCGCUCCCAUGGGAUGUGCUCCCAUGGCUCACGUCUUGUUUUCACGCUUCAUCUCUGCCAACCCACAGAACCCUCACUGGAUUAACCGCGAUCGCUUUGUUUUGUCAAACGGUCACGGAUGUGUUCUGCAGUAUGUCAUGCUUCACCUCCUCGGCUAUGACUUGUCCAUGGAGGACCUGCAAUCCUUUCGUCAAGUAGGCUCAAAAACCCCAGGUCAUCCAGAGGCAAACCACGGCACACCAGGAAUCGAGGUUACUACCGGCCCCCUCGGUCAGGGCAUUGCCAGUGCCGUCGGUCUCGCUAUUGCAGAGGCCCACCUCGCCGCUGAAUUCAACCAGCCCGGCUUUGAUCUCGUUGACAACUACACCUACUGCAUCCUCGGUGACGGUUGCAUGCAAGAAGGCGUUCAAGCGGAAGCCGCUUCCUUGGCUGGCCACUUGCAACUGGGCAAACUCAUUGCCUUGUACGAUGACAACCACAUUCAGAUUGACGGAGACACUGCCCUUGGAUUCACAGAAAAUGUCCGCUUGCGCUACGAAUCUUAUGGCUGGCACGUUCAGUUUGUCGAAAACGGUGACUCGGACAUUGCCGCGUUGACCAACGCCAUUGAAGCCGCCAAAAAAGUCACAGACAAACCAUCCUUGAUCCAAGUCCGCACCACCAUUGGCUAUGGAUCAAAGAAUGAGGGAGAGGAAAAGGUUCACGGUGCUCCCCUCGGCGAACCCGAUAUCGCUCAAGUAAAGACCAAAUUUGGUUUUAGCCCCGACCAGAAAUUCAAUGUCCCCCAACAAGUCUAUGACUUUUACGGCAAGGUAGCUGCCAAGGGCAAGGACGCAGAAGCCCAGUGGAACCAGCUCUUUGACCGCUACGCGGCUCAGUUCCCUCAGCUCGCCGCUGACUUUAAGCGUCGCCUCGCCAAAAAACUCCCAGACAACAUCAAAGAUCUCUUGCCCACCUACAAGCCCAGUGACCCCCCCGUGGCGACCCGCAAACUCUCUGAAACCGUCUUGAACAAGAUCGCCCCACAGCUUCCCGAGCUUAUUGGUGGUUCGGCCGAUUUGACUGGCUCAAAUCUGACCCGCUGGAAGGGCGCCGAAGACUUUCAACCCCCAUCCACUAAACUUGGCUCGUACAAGGGCCGCUACAUUCGCUUUGGUGUCCGCGAACACGCCAUGGCCGCGAUUUGCAACGGUAUCUCUGCUUACGGGGCCUUGAUUCCCUUUGGAGCCACCUUUUUCAACUUUAUCAGCUACGCUCUCGGUGCCGUCCGUUUGAGCGCAUUGUCCAAGCAUCACGUUUUGUACAUUAUGACCCACGACUCGAUUGGAUUGGGCGAAGACGGUCCUACCCAUCAACCCAUUGAGACGCUGGCCUGCAUGCGCGCCAUGCCCAACAUUCUCAACUUUAGACCCGCGGAUGGCAACGAAGUCUCUGGCUCCUACCUCGUGUCUCUUGAAGCCCACGACCGCCCCUCUGUACUGAUUCUCACCCGCCAAAACCUCCCCCAGCUCGCCGGCUCCUCGAUUGAAGCCGUCCGUAAGGGCGCCUACGUCCUCGAAGACGCACCCAACCCCUCGGUCAUUCUGGUCGCCACGGGUUCCGAAGUCUCCCUUGCGGUCGACACGGCCGCCCAGCUUGCCAGUGAAAACAUUGCUGCUCGCGUUGUUUCAAUGCCCUGUUGGGAGCUCUUCGAGGAGCAAUCGGUCGAGUACCAGCAAUCCGUCUUUUUGGAUGGCGUGCCUGUCGUGAGCAUUGAAGCCAUGUCAACGUUUGGAUGGCAAAAGUGGGCGCAUUUGACGUGUGGAAUUGAUACUUUUGGUGCGAGUGGGCCUUACAAGGACUUGUACAAGAAAUUCGGACUGGUUCCUGAUGUCAUUGCUGCCAAAGCUAAAAAGCUGAUUGCCUUUUACAAGGACCGCAAGCCCGAGAACAAGAUUCAGAGGAUUUAAAUAGUGUCUUUUUUUUGUUUGUUUUUGGAUCUUGAGAUUUUUGUGGUUGAGGGAAUAUGUAAACGCAGGAUGAUAGGACCGCUUCUGAAUCUGAAUUUUUGUAUUUUUCCUUGUAUGUGUGUGUGUAUCAUGAUGACAUGGCCAGAUGUGACAGACAUUUGUGUUGUAUCGGCGACAUGUAUCAAAAUCCCAAUACCCAAGAUACACCGCUUAAAUAUGCAA